GCGAAGAAAAUUGAGUUGGAGGAACGCAAUUGUGACAUCAUCAAGGAUGACUUUUGGACAGAGAAUCCGCACUUGCUGGAACCCUGACAUAUCAUAUCUGUGUGCUGUGAGCAUUUUGUAA